ACUGUAACUAUAAUAUACUAUAUAAAGGAAGAGGAUGUAGAGCUCGUUGGAGGAUAAUAUAAUAAUAUAAUAUAUCAGCAUCACCGUGCUACUAAUUCUACUAUUGACAUGAUCAGCAAAGUUUAGUGAAUUUAUGCAAUUAAAAAUUAUUAAUAAUAAAUUUUUACAUCUUAAAAGCACGUGAGAAAAUAAAUCUAUUCAUUUCAAGAAACGUGUCUGGGGUUAUAACAUUUCAAGGAUGUAUUAACAUUUAUUUGGCGUUUGCGAUUUUAAACCUAGUGCAGUUUAAGAAAAUAAACAGUAAAAAUGUAUUCAAUCUGUCGGAAUACACACCCAGGCACAGGUGUGGAGCAUGCAAUAACUUGUUACUUCUUCAAUCGUCGUGAUAAAUGCUUGGUAGUCGCUGGAGCAAAUGUCAUACGAGUGUUUCGGUUGAUUCCAGACGUAGAGAUCUCGAAGAAGGAGAAAUUUUCGGACUUACGUCCACCCAAAAUGAAACUCGAGUGUCUGAGUCAAUAUAUACUACACGGCAAUAUAAUGUCAAUGCAGGCAGUUAGUCUGACUGGAUCUCAACGAGAUUCUCUGCUACUCAGUUUCAGAGAUGCAAAGCUUUCAGUUGUCGAAUACGACCUCGAAAAUCAUGAUCUUAGAACAGUUUCAUUGCACUACUUCGAAGAGGAGGAAAUGAGAGACGGCUGGACAAAUCAUCAUCACAUUCCAAUUGUUCGAGUGGAUCCCGAGGGUAGAUGUGCCAUUAUGUUAAUUUAUGGGAGAAAACUUGUAGUUUUACCCUUCAGAAAGGACCCCAUGAUUGACGACAAUGAUCCAAUUGACAUCACAAAAUCGCAAUCGAAUAAGACUCCAAUUUUAUCCUCUUAUAUGAUUGUCCUCAAGAGUCUCGAGGAGAAAAUCGACAAUAUUAUUGAUCUACAAUUUUUAUAUGGAUAUUACGAGCCCACUUUGUUAAUUUUGUACGAACCAGUGAAAACAUUUGCGGGUCGUAUCGCUGUUAGACAAGAUACUUGUGCCAUGGUGGCCAUCUCCCUCAAUAUCCAGCAGAAGGUGCAUCCUAUCAUUUGGUCAGUAUCAAAUUUACCUUUCGAUUGUUAUCAAGCUGUUCCAGUUAAGAAGCCUCUCGGUGGAACUCUGAUAAUGGCGGUAAAUUCGAUGAUUUAUCUGAACCAAAGUAUACCCCCUUAUGGGGUCUCGCUGAAUAAUCUUGCCGAGAUGAGCACUAAUUUCCCAUUGAAAGCCCAAGAGGGGGUAAAGAUGAGUCUCGAAGGCUCUCAAGUAUCUUUCAUCUCGCCAGAUCGUCUUGUGAUAUCCCUUAAGACUGGAGAGCUCUACGUUCUGUCUCUAUUUGCUGAUAGUAUGAGAUCGGUGAGGGGAUUUCACUUCGAUAAGGCAGCUGCUAGUGUCCUCACAUCGUGCAUGUGCCUAUGCGAAGAGAAUUAUUUAUUUUUGGGCUCUCGUCUUGGUAACUCUUUGUUAUUACGUUUCACAGAGAAGGAGCCAGACGAUAGUCAAUUGUUGUCUGAAGUGCAAAUAAUUUCUGAUGACACUGGAGAAAUGCCAGCUAAGAAGGUGAAACAGGAUUACUUGGGGGAUUGGAUGGCUUCUGAUGUGCUCGAGAUAAAGGAUUCAGAGGAACUUGAGGUUUAUGGUAGCGAAACUCAGACCUCGAUGCAGAUAACGUCAUACAUUUUCGAAGUGUGUGACAGUUUACUGAACAUUGGCCCAUGUGGAAAUAUCUCGAUGGGAGAGCCAGCAUUUUUAUCAGAAGAAUUCUCUCACAACAGUGAUCCUGAUGUGGAGCUCGUGACAACCUCAGGAUACGGUAAGAAUGGAGCUCUUUGCGUCUUACAGCAUUCCAUCCGACCACAAAUUGUCACUACAUUUGAACUUCCUGGCUGUGAGGAUAUGUGGACAGUGAUUGGUGCUCCUGGCGUUGAUCAACAGGGGCGAGAAUAUGAAGCCAAUCACGCUUUUCUCAUUCUCAGUCAUGAGGACUCCACGAUGGUACUGCAAACGGGACAGGAGAUCAAUGAAGUAGAGAACAGCGGUUUUGGAACACAAGGGAGAACGAUAUUUGCUGGAAAUCUUGGAGCCAACAAAUUUAUCGUACAAGUAACUCAGAUAAGUGUCAGGCUUAUUCAGGGCUCUGAGCAAAUUCAACAUAUUCCCAUGGAUCUCGGUUGUCCGAUUGUUUAUGCCAGCUGUGCUGACCCUUAUGUAGUACUCCUCGCUGAAGACGGACAGGUUAUUCUUAUUACCCUCAAAGAGACCCGAGGCUCCCUUCGACUGCAUGCUCAACAGGCUAAUCUUCUCUUUCGACCACAAAUUGAAACUCUAUGCGCUUAUCGAGACCUCAGUGGUUUAUUCGUCAAUAAUAUACCAGAGGAGAAUGAGGACAAGCUUGCUGUGGAAGAUGACAAAAAUCUCGAGGAACCAUCAGCAACAAACAAUAUCGACAACGAGGAUGAUCUGCUGUAUGGGGACGGCACUGCCUUUCAGAUGCCGGCGAUUCCAGUUGAGCCGCAACCUAAACUCCCCGAGGAAACACCUAAGAAACAUUCCUGGUGGCAGAAACAUCUUCAAGAUAUCAAGCCAACAUACUGGUUGUUGGUUUAUCGUGACAAUGGAACAUUAGAAAUUUAUUCACUGCCAGAUCUCAAAUUAUCUUACCUUAUUCGCAAUUUUGGCUUCGGCCAGCAUGUUCUCCAUGAUAGUAUGGAAUCAACAACCCUCCUCCACUCAUCGUUGAGCAACGAAUCCCUUAAUCCAGAAAUGCAGGUUCGAGAGAUCCUCAUGGUGGCUCUUGGUCAUCACGGCAGCAGACCUAUACUCCUUGUACGUCAGGAUAAUGAACUGCAGAUUUAUCAGGCCUAUAGGUAUCCCAAAGGGAAUCUCAAACUGAGACUGAAAAAGUUGGAGCAUGGAAUUAUUUUUGGUCAAACGAGAUCUUAUCCCAAGGAGGAGGACAAUCCCCAUAUGAAUCAAACACGAGUGUCAAUGAUGAGAUAUUUCAGUAAUAUUGCCGGAUACAAUGGUGUAUUUAUCUGUGGAGAUUAUCCUCAUUGGAUUUUCCUCACCAGUCGCGGAGAACUCAGGGUACAUCCCAUGGGAAUAGACGGACCCAUUGGCUCUUUCACACCAUUCAAUAACAUCAAUUGUCCUCAAGGAUUUUUGUAUUUCAAUCGAAAGGAGGAACUCAGAAUUUGCGUUUUACCUACCCAUCUGUCGUACGAUGCUCCCUGGCCAGUGAGAAAAGUACCUCUACGAUGCACACCUCAUUUUGUCACUUAUCAUGUUGAGAGCAAGACUUAUUGCGUUAUCAUGAGCACCUCUGAACCAUUAAAGAGCUAUUACAGAUUCAAUGGUGAGGAUAAAGAAUUUACUGAGGAGGAAAGACCAGAGAGAUUUCUUUAUCCAACGCAGGAGCAAUUUAGCAUCGUUUUAUUUUCACCAGUUUCUUGGGAGACAAUUCCAAAUACUAGGAUUGAUUUAGAUCAUUGGGAGCAUGUGACCUGUCUGAAGAACGUUUCAUUGGCCUAUGAGGGGACGAGAUCAGGUCUUAAAGGAUACAUAGUGCUUGGAACUAAUUAUAAUUAUGGAGAAGAUAUUACGAGUAGAGGACGAAUUAUGAUAUUCGAUAUCAUUGAAGUUGUGCCUGAGCCCGGUCAACCCCUUACUAAAAACCGAUUCAAGCAGAUAUAUGCCAAAGAGCAGAAAGGCCCGAUCACUGCAAUCACUCAAGUCUCGGGGUUUUUGGUCUCUGCCGUCGGUCAGAAAAUUUACAUCUGGCAGCUUAAGGAUAAUGACCUAGUGGGAGUUGCCUUUAUCGAUACGCAAAUAUACAUUCACCAAAUGCUCAGCAUCAAGAGUCUGAUUCUCGUGGCAGAUGUUUACAAGUCAAUAAGCUUACUGCGAUUUCAGGAGGAAUACAGAACUCUAUCUCUUGUUAGCAGGGAUUUUCGUCCAGCUGAAGUUUAUACGAUAGAGUAUUUAAUUGAUAGUUCGAAUCUAGGAUUUUUGGUUGCUGAUGGAGAAAGUAAUUUGGUACUGUUUAUGUAUCAGCCUGAGUCAAGGGAGAGCUCUGGGGGACAAAAACUGAUUAGGAAGGCUGAUUUUCAUCUUGGACAGAAGAUCAAUACAUUCUUCAGAAUAAAGGCCAAACUCGGUGAUCCUGGAAAUAACAAGAGACAUUUUUCUGGCGCUGAUAAGAGACACGUUACCAUGUAUGCUACACUAGAUGGAAGCCUUGGUUACAUUCUACCAGUGCCAGAGAAAACGUAUCGAAGGCUUCUCAUGUUGCAGAACGUAUUGGUCACCCAUAUCUCUCACAUGGGUGGAUUAAAUCCAAAAGCUUACAGAACUUAUACGAGUCACGUUCGAAUGCAAGGCAAUCCAGCCCGUGGAAUAAUCGAUGGAGAUUUGGUUUGGAAAUAUCUACAUUUGCCAAAUAAUGAAAAAACUGACAUAGCCAAGAAGAUUGGCACAAGAGUGCAAGAAAUUAUUGAAGAUAUCAUUGAAAUUGAUCGUCAAACCGGCCAUUUUUAAUUCCUUAAAUAAAUUAUUUCUCCCAUUUAUGUAUAUAUAUGAAUGACAUUAAAAUCGAUGGAUUUA